AUGGCAGACAGCGCCCCCGCCAACGACUCGAACGGCAAUGGCAGCAGCCUCAACCCUUUCGCCAAAAAGGACUCUCACUCUGACCAAUCCAUCCUCCUCUACAAGAUCACCACAACCAUCUCCUGGCUCCUACUCGUAGUCUCAGCCAUCUACACCACCUUCGCCUCGCCCAACGGUCCAAACUCGCACAAGUUCUGGCACAACAACCCCUCCACGCCCUUUGCGCAGUCCAGCAUCUUCACAUCCAUCUACGUAUUGAUCAUCUUCAUUUUGCAGUUUGGCUACGCGUACGCGCUGUACAUGAGCGAUACCACCUACGUCACUUCAGCCGCCAACCUCGGUAGCCAUUUUAUUGCCAACAACUUGCUUUUGUUCGGCUUUGUGUUUCUCUUCACGCACACGCACUACUGGCUCGCACUGUUCUUGCUCGUGCUCAACUUUGGUAAUCUCACUAUGGCGUAUUUCCGCCACAGCACUGCGCCAAGGGCUAUCCAUAUCGGUACUGUUAGUGGACCGUUGGCUUGGAACUUUGUCGCGCUCUACUGGGUUGGUGCGAUCGCGGUUCAUUCGAAUCAUUUUGCGGCGAGAAUCGUGGCAAAUGUGUUUAUUUGGGGAUGGCUGGGCUACGGCAUGUUCUUCUUGGUGGCGUACAAGGACUACACCAUGGGAUUUGCGCUAAGUGUGCUGUGUUUCUCAACCGGCGUUGGACAGUUCCUUACCCGCCCGCACCUCUUCCAGCUUCAGUGGAUCUUUGCUUUCACAAUUGGUGGUCUGCUCUUCUUGCUUUCGCUUGCUGUCGGCAUGCCCGGCUUGCUUGGACGCGAUCCUUUCCCUCGUGGCCAGAUCGUCAGCGAGGAUAGGGAGAGGGCACCCUUGUUGGCUGAUGACUAG